CCACAAUCAUCCUCGCUAAUAUCAUGGCGGGAGAAGGAAGUAAGAAUAGGAUAGGAUGAUGGGGUUCCGCGCGGCGAGUCUAUCUGAAACGACGCUCCCCGUUUGGUGUGUUUCAUUUCGGCCUCAAACUCUCUUUCGUCUCGAUCUCUCACUCAACCUCUUCUACUCUACUUUCAUCCUCCUCUUCCUCCCCCUGCUCGAUUGUCUGCCCUGUUGACUGGCUCUCAUUCUUCCUUCCCUUGUUUCUCUUAUUUCUUUUCCUUUUGGUCUGACGUGGUGCGCGGUGGUUGUAGUAGGUUAUUGUUGCUUUCCGUCCGCGGUCAGGUAGUUGGUUAGUGAUAGUCCUUCCUCCCUCCCUCUGCCCCCCGUCUUUUUGCCCCUGGUCGGCAUUGCUGCUGGUCUGGUCCGGCGGCCUAUUUCGCGCUACUCAUCAACCAAGUCCCCAGCAGCUGCUAUUAUUAUUUGCUCUCCCUGUCUUUUCCCACUUCCAUCCCCCCUUCCCCCUCCUCCACCAUGUUGACCCUGGUCGAUCUGCGACUAACCCUGUUAUUA